AUUUUUUUACUAUUUCGUACUCAAAGCCCUCUCCUUUUCUUGGAAUGGUCAUACCGAGUUUCUGACUUGACUCUUCUCUGCUGAGUAUGGCAGCCAAAUAUUAUCUCCAUUAAAAAAAAUAGAAAUUAUAACUUCCUCCUUCCUCGGUCCAAGUUCUGCCAAUAGUUUCUUUCCAGUUUUCUGUGGGAUUCCCGUGUAAUUUUUCUUUCUUUGUUCCCUCUCCUUUGAGGAGGGAGGAGGGAGAGAGAGAUUGAUGGAGAGCACAGCAGCGUGGCAAGGGGUGGCUCUAUGUGGGUUUGCGUCAUGGAUUGUGACGUCUUCAUGUCUCAAUGUGACCCCGAAGCUUAGAUCGUUGGUGCAACCUUGGGUGGAGCACCGAGUCAUCGCUGAGACUCCCCUCAUAAUUCAGAUCCAGAAAUACCGAUUUACAGUACUGGAUGCUCUCUUCUCUGGGUUGUCCUGUAUUGUUUCUGUGCCAUUUUACACAGCUUUUCUUCCUUUGCUCUUCUGGAGUGGGCAUGGAAAAUUAGCUCGACAAAUGACUCUUUUGAUGGUUUUCUGUGAUUAUUUAGGCAACUGUGUAAAGGACGUAAUAUCAGCUCCUAGACCCAGUAGCCCACCAGUUAGGAGAGUAGCUGCCACAAAAGAUGAGGAAGAGAACGCGUUGGAAUAUGGUUUACCUUCUUCCCACACCCUGAACACAGUUUGCUUAUCCGGGUAUCUUUUGCACUACGUGCUAUCGUAUUCGCAAAAUGAAGAUGCCUUGGUCACUUUUGCUGGAAUUUUUCUAGUUUCCUUUCUUGUGGGCCUCAUUGGUUUUGGGAGAAUCUAUCUAGGCAUGCACAGUUUGAUCGAUAUCAUAGGUGGUCUUGCUCUUGGGUUGGUGACGAUUCCAUUUUGGCUUUCAAUUCAUGAUUUUGUUGACAGUUUUAUAGUAUCUGGACAAAACGUUACAACCUUCUGGACUCUCCUAAGCUUCUUGUUGCUCUUUGCUUAUCCGACUCCUGAGUUUCCAACUCCAAGCUUUGAGUACCAUACGGCCUUCAAUGGUGUUGGAUUGGGAAUUGUGGCUGGGGUCCAGCAAACAUAUCACCAAUACCACCACGAAGCCAUUCCACGCAUAUUUACACCUGAACUUACGAUUCCUGCCUUCAUUGGAAGAAUGCUUGUAGGAAUACCAACUAUACUCGCUGCAAAGUUCUGUAGCAAAGCUCUGGCUAAAUGGAUUCUUCCGGUAGUUUCUAACACCUUGGGCAUUCCUAUUAAAUCACCAAGCUACAUCCCCGCGUUGAAUGGAUCUGUUACUGGUAAAAAAACGGAUGAGAUAAAGCAAUCGAGUUAUCUCCGGAAGAUGUUCUUUUUCUCCCACCAGGACUCCUUUGAUGUCGAUACUGGGAUUCGAUUCAUUCAGUAUGCUGGCCUUGCUUGGGCUGUAGUAGAUCUUGUUCCAACCUUCUUCUCUUACUUGAGGUUGUGAUGGUUCACCAAGCUAUAUAAUAGAAUAUAUGCCUUUUUUUUUGGUAUGUAUAUAAUAGAAUAUGCCGUUACCAUGUUGAAAUUCAAAGUCCGCCUAACUUCUCCCCCUCGGAUUGUCCUCCCAUCACGUGAUGGGAGUGUUAGAAUAUGAGGAAAAAAUGAUGUGAAAUGCCCCCGACCUAACAAUAUUUUGUUGGAUUGAAUGACAAAGUAAUGAAUCAUAAGAGGUGCGCCUUUUUUCCUAUACUACUAGCUCAAGCAACACACUGUACGCGGAACUAGUCACCAUUGAAUCAGUAUUUUUAGCCAAAGGCAUUGAGCAAUA